AUGAGUCAAGAAUCUCAAAAUUCCCAAUCACAAAGAAAAUCAUACCUUCCUUCAAAAGAUUUUGCAAGUAACCUUGAGCCAAAGGAUGUUAUAAAGAAAUACGAUGAUAUCAAUCAGCAAAUAAUUGAGAACGAAAAAGAUCUUAUCACUAAUGCAACCCCAAGAAAUCUUAGCGAGAUCCUUAUACAAAUGGAUAAAAUGCAAUCCCUUGUUAAAAAACCAUCUGUAUUUGAAAAAGAUCUAAAAUCUAUAAAUCGAGUUACACGUAUUGCUGUUGAACAAGGCAAUCAAGUCACAUUGUCAGAUUCUGCAUUUAAUCUUGCAUCUGUACAUCGUAAUUUAUGUGCAAAAUAUCCAACGCGCAAAGAAAAACAAUUUGAUUUAGCUCAGCUUGGGGAUAUUUUUAUUCGAUCUUCCCUUAUUGCCCCAAGAAUGAACAUACCAAUGCUAUACGGACUUGAUGAUUUUCACGUAAAACCACGACAAAAAAGAGCCACUCAAUCGCAGGUAAGAGAUGAAGUUACUGCUGAUGAAAUUAAAGUAGGAUACAAGAAAACAAAUGAAAAGGCACAUUCUUUAACAGAAAGAGGCAGAAAAUUUUUCAAAGAAAUCAGUAACAGCGGAGCUCGACCUCUUGCUGAUACAAUAAGUACAGAGGAAGGGUUUGAUGCAAUGAUACAAAAAGCUUUCGAGCUUGCCCAUCUUGUUAGAGAUGGUCGUGUUUGCGUUGACAUUGAGAACCAUGAAAUUGUUGCAAAAGCCGCUGGAUCUGAUAUGAAGGAUAUUGAUGGCAAAGGAAGAAAGAAAUGUGUUUUACAUCUCAGAUAUAAAGAUUACCAAAAUAUGCUUUCGCUUCUCAACUCUGAAAAACCUGAAGUUCACCAUGAUAUAGAAAUUGAUGAUCUCUUUUAG